AAAAAACUUGCGGGGAUAGUGGUUUUAUCGCAGGUGGAAAUAUUGUAAAUAUUUCGAAAAGAAACCAAUAUUUUGUCUAAUAAUCAAUCCAAAAUACAACAAUGGAUGACCAAGGAAGGAAAGUCAUUGUUUGCGACAACGGAACAGGUUUCGUAAAAUGUGGAUACGCUGGCAGCAACUUCCCCGCGUUCAUAUUCCCGUCGAUGGUAGGCAGGCCUAUCAUCAGAGCGGAGAACAAAAUCGGAGAUAUUGAUGUUAAGGACUUAAUGGUAGGAGAUGAAGCCUCCCAGCUCAGAUCCAUGCUGGAAGUCAGCUACCCCAUGGAGAAUGGGGUGGUACGCAACUGGGAGGACAUGUGCCACGUGUGGGACUACACCUUCGGGCCGAGCAAGAUGAACGUGGACCCGCACGAGACCAAGAUCCUGCUCACCGAACCGCCCAUGAACCCCACCAAAAACAGGGAGAAAAUGAUUGAGGUGAUGUUCGAGAAAUACGGUUUCGACAGCGCGUACAUAGCCAUACAGGCGGUGCUCACCCUGUACGCCCAAGGACUUAUAUCUGGCGUGGUGGUGGAUUCAGGCGACGGCGUGACGCACAUUUGUCCUGUGUACGAGGAGUUCGCUCUCCCGCAUCUAACCAGGAGGUUAGACAUCGCGGGCCGGGACAUCACUAGAUACCUCAUCAAGCUGCUUUUGCUUCGUGGUUACGCCUUCAACCACUCAGCGGACUUCGAGACAGUCCGCAUGAUGAAGGAGAAGUUAUGCUACAUCGGCUACAACAUCGAACAGGAGCAGAAGCUAGCGUGGGAGACCACGGUGCUGGUCGAACCUUAUGUGCUGCCGGACGGGCGGGUGAUCAAAGUGGGCGGCGAGCGGUUCGAGGCUCCCGAGGCCUUGUUCCAGCCGCACCUCAUCAAUGUAGAGGGACAGGGCAUCGCUGAGCUCGUCUUCAACACCAUACAGGCGGCCGACAUAGACAUGCGCAACGAGUUAUACAAGCAUAUAGUCCUAUCCGGGGGCUCCACCAUGUAUCCCGGGCUCCCGUCGCGGCUCGAGCGAGAGAUCAAACAGCUGUACCUCGAGCGAGUCCUGCGCAACGACUGCGACAAGCUCGCCAAAUUCAAGAUCCGCAUCGAGGACCCGCCUCGGCGCAAGGACAUGGUGUUCAUCGGAGGCGCAGUCCUGGCCGAGGUCUGCAAGAACCGGGACAACUUUUGGCUGUCGCGGAACGAGUACCAGGAACAGGGUCUUGCCUGCCUAAGGAAGCUCGGGCCCAGAGCGAGUUAAUGACAAAUACUUGUAAAUAUAACCAAAUCAUUUAUUAAUCAUUUCCAUUUUUAUGUAACGAUGAGAACUGUAUUACUUUAAGUUAAAUUCUUAGACAUAAUUUGAAUUAUAGCGUAUAACUGCCAAAAUAAAAUGUUCGUCAUACUGUGUCACAAUAUAAAUAUAUUAGCAAAAGGACACUUAGUUAAAUGUAGAGAAAUGUAUGAAGAACACUAAAAACACGUCACAUUAUAAUAAAAGACAAGUCAUCAGUUAGCUUUUCACUAAUAAACCAAUAAUAAUAGCUUUUUACUAUGAAAUUCACUUACACUAAAAGUAAACUUAAAUAAUACUAUAGAUUGACUGCGUUUUUGGCGACACUGAAAAUAUAAAUCAGGAUUUUGAAGACUUAAUUUAAUUACUACAAAACCAUUAUUUUAGUCCUUCAACCCGUUUCAAUUUAUUGCGAAAUAAGAUUUCAAUUGCUUUAAAAUCUAUGAAAUUAUAACUUAACUCAGUCAGUCAUCGACAUAUUUUGACGUGAUAGAACAUUGGUUCCUAAAGUGGGGGGCGCGCCGCCCAGGGGAGGCGCAAAGACCUUUUAAGGGGGGCGCGGGCCGUCUGUGUACUUAAGUAUG